AUGGGAGCAGUUUUGUCCUACGCCGCCGGCACAGCCAUGGCGACCAAGGACUUCGUGCGGCAACGGAGGUCAACCACGACAGAUGCCAUGGCCGGUUGGUCCGGCCUGCCGGAUGACCUCCUGUUCACCAUCAUGGCGUUGCUGGACGUCCCCAGCCUCCGGCGCGCCGGCGCCGUGUGCAAGUCCUGGCGCGCCGCGCACCACGCCUUCCGCCUCCCCGAGCUGGAGCGCGCGCCAUGCCUGCUCUACGCAUGCGAGGAGUACGGGCCCGACGAUGCCGCCCUCUAUUGCCCCGCCACCGGCGCCACCUUCCGCGUCCCCUUCCCGGGGCCCCCGCAUGAGAAGCGGGGUUUCGCCUUCGCGAGCCAAGGCGGCUGGGUGUUCACCACCGACGAGAUCGGCAACCCGUACCUCCUCAACCCCGUCACCGGCGCCCAGGCCGUGCUCCCGCCGCUCAAGACAAUCUACGGAACUGACAAGUUUUAUGACGACCACGGCAAGCACGUCUGGCCUGCUGCCCCCGAAUAUGGUAUCAUGAAACCCAAAAUCAGCUGGGCGCGUCACCGGGAGUUUUGGGGAGUCGCCAUCUCCGCGGCCGCCAAGGCCAAAGAAUGCACCGUCUUGAUCGUGAACAUGUCGUGGUUUGGUCUCUCUUUCGCCAGGCCUGGAGACAAGAGGUGGACAAGGGUGAUCCCCAAAGAUACACACGCGGUCGGCGACAUCCUGUACAAUGACAAGGAUGGCUUGUUCUACAUCCUAUAUUACAAUGGUAGCAUUGGUACCUUGGAUCUCAGCGGGCCUUCACCGUCGCUGACCAUGAUCAUGCGGCGCGAGAUAAGUUCGUCCCCUUUUCAUACCAUGUACCUCGCCCUUGGUCCAUCAGGUGAACUCUUGGAGGUAGAAAGGAAGUGGAGUCCCAAAAAUGUUUCACUAAAGUAUCAUGACACUUACCGAGACAUCAACCUAGCCAGUGAAGAUGACCAAGAUAUUGAUGCAUCACCACCGCUUGACAUGGCACAUCGGAUUGUCAAGAAGGCCAGCACGGUCCAGCUCCUGGUCUUCAAGGUUGACAUCAAGCGGCGUAAGUUGGUGAAACUAAGGGACAUUGGGGAUCACGCGCUCUUUCUUGGGCUCAACUCUGCCGUGUGCCUUCCGACCAAGGACUUCCCGGCGUUCGAGCCAAACAGCGUCUACCUCACGGACGCCUGUUUAUACUACGGCCCAAUGCUACGAAAAGAUCUUUGCAUCUGGAACAUCAGGAAUAGGAGUAUGCAAAAACUUGAUGACGCGUGGCCAAACAUGUAUUCUUGGCUGCAUUUACCGGCUCCAAUAUGGAUCAUGCCAAGGUUUUAA